GAAAGCGAACCGAUGUUUAUACACAAUUCCAACCUGAACCUAAUGGAAGGAAGGGUGCGUACACACCCCGAAGCCACAGGUGGAUGCAGCUCAUCCCGGCCGAGAUGAGCCGAAACUGGCACGAGCUAAGCUUACCCACUGAGCCGAUUAUGAGGAGAGUCCACGCGUUGGGACAGCAGAGACGGGCAUCCGCUACCGAAUACCGCUGACCAAAGAGUCGGUCUGCUCUCGCGCAGGAGGUGGAGUCUCGGAGGUGGGGAGGGAAAAGACAGUUAGAGAAAGUAAGAAGGGAAAAAAAGCAGACACAACAGAAAUUGAGAGGAGGAAGAAGCGGACGGUGGGAAACACAAUUACAACCACGCAUUCGCCAACAUAUCGCGGGAUUUACAAAGGAGGACGGAGGACACGGACUGAAGAUGAUCACGGUUUAUUUCGCAGAGAAUUUUUGGGGGGAAAAGAACAGUGGCUUUGAUGUGCUUUACCAUAAUAUGAAGUAUGGGCAAAUUUCUUCCAAGGAGUUAUCUGAUUUUAUUAGGGAAAGGGCUACCAUAGAAGAAACAUAUGCACGGUCUAUGGCUAAACUGGCCAAAACAGCUAGCAACUAUUCUCAGUUAGGGACAUUUGCACCAGUAUGGGAGGUUUUUAAAACAUCUACAGAAAAAUUGGCAAGCUGCCAUUUAGAAUUAGUCAGGAAGCUUCAAGAAUUAAUAAAAGAUGCUCAGAAGUAUUCAGAUGAACAAAUAAAAACACACAAAAAGACAAAGGAAGAAGUAUCAAGCACUCUGGAAUCUGUGCAGAAUAUACAGAGCAUCACUCAGGCAUUACAAAAAUCCAAGGAAAAUUAUAAUGUAAAGAGUGUAGAGCAGGAAAGACUGAAGAAAGAAGGAGCCACGCAAAAAGAAAUUGAAAAGGCAGGAAUCAAAACAAAAAAAGCCACAGAAACAUACAAGGCAUUUGUAGAAAAGUAUGCUUCAGCAAAAAUAGAUUUUGAACAGAAGAUGACAGAAACUGCACAGAAAUUCCAAGAUAUUGAAGAAGCCCAUGUUCUACAGAUGAAGGAAAUAAUACAGUGCUAUUCAGUAGCAAUAGAGGAAACACAUUUACAAAUCAGUCAGGUUCACAAUGAGUUUGUAAAUAAUAUGGAAAACACUACAGUUGAAAACUUAAUACAGAAAUUUGCAGAGACUAAAGGGACGGGAAAAGAAAGACCUGGACCCAUUGAGUUUGAAGAGUGCAACACGGCUAACGCAGUAGAAGGAGCAAAGCCACGUAAAAGAAAAACUUUUGGAAUACCAGGUCGAAGAAAAGAGAAGGAUACUGAUUCAAAUGAGUCUCCAGAGUCUGAUAAUAUAAAGACAUCAAAUGGAACACCAUCUGGGUACUAUGGGAGAAUAGAUAUACAGAAUGCCAAUAUUCCAGAGGUAGAUGAGGAAGGAUAUUGCAUCCGUCCAGAACUGAAUGAAAAUGAGCAUGAAAAAGGCAACAAUUUCUAUUCAUCCAGUGAUUCUGAAGAUGAAGAUGAACCAAGAAAGUUCCAUGUGGAAAUCAAACCUGUACAGCCCAAUAAUGGCAACCAUCAGAGUUUGUCUUCAAUAGAUGAACUAAAAGCCUCCAUAGGAGCCAUUACACUCUCCCCUUCUGUCUCAAGAAGUAGCCCUGCUCAGAUGAAAAGAAAUUUAUCUACUGAAGAAUUGAAGUCUCGACUCACUGGAACAUAUAAUGAAACCAAGCGAGUCAACAAUGACCUCCUGUCUUUGGAUCCGUUAUUUGGUCCUCCACUUGAGUCUUCAUCCUCGUCUGCUUCUGCAUCAUCAACAGUAACACAGCCAGCAAGACCCACCACUCCACUUGCCUCUGGGGGAAUUGUACCACCUCCACGACCAUCUUCAAGACCAAAGCUCUCUGCGGGAAAACUUUGUGGCAUUAAUGAAAUAGCUAGACCAUUCAGUCCACCAAAAAUUUCAAAUUCGAGUCCACCCCCAUCUGCACCUUUGGCUCGUGCAGAAAGCACAUCUUCAAUAUCUUCAGCUGCGUCUCUCAGUGCUGCAAAUACACCUACAAUUGGAAUAUCUCGUGGCCCCAGUCCUGUCAGUCUGGGUUCUCAGGACUCUCUACCAGUUGCUGCUGCCUUUACAGAAUCUGUUAAUGCCUAUUUCAAAGGAGCCGAUCCCACUAAAUGCAUUGUAAAGAUAACUGGAGACAUGACUCUAUCCUUCCCAAGUGGAGUUAUAAAAAUAUUUACAAAUAAUCCAUCACCUGCAGUACUAAGUUUUAAAUUAAAAAACACCAGCAAGAUUGAGCAGAUUCUUCCAAAUCCUCAGCUUCUUUCCAGUGAUCUGUCACAAAGUGACUCAAACAACAAGGAUUUCUGGAUGAACAUGCAAGCCCUUACUGCCUACCUCAGAAAAAUGUCAGAACAAAAUCCCACUGCAUCCUACUAUAAUGUCGACAUUCUAAAAUAUCAGGUUUCUUCCAAUGGUAUCCAAUCCACUCCUCUCAAUCUGGCAACAUACUGGAAGUGUUCUCAAAGUUCUACUGAUGUAAGAGUUGAUUACAGAUACAAUCCAGAGUCAAUGGUGACGUCUGCAGUCCUAAACAAUGUCCAAGUGCUGGUACCAGUUGAUGGUGGAGUAAUGAAUAUGCAAUCUCUUCCAGCAGCAAUUUGGAAUGCGGACCAGAAGAAAGCUUUAUGGAAGUUAUCAGAUGUCUCAGAGAAAUCCGAUAAUGGAGGUUCAGGAAGCCUCAGGGCAAAAUUUGACAUUACUGAGGGACCUUCUAACCCAUCAACUCUUGCAGUGCAAUUUUUAAGUGAAGGGAGUACACUGUCAGGGCUGGAUAUAGAACUUGUAGGUACUGGCUACAGACUUUCCUUAACUAAGAAAAGAUUUGCAACAGGGCGGUAUAUGGCUGACUCUUGAUGUAACUGAAAGCAUGGAUUCUGAAAAGCACAAGUCACUGUAGCACCUGUAACUUUGAUUUGUUUAUGGUUAUGAUUGGGAAAAUAGUUUCUAAAAUCUGUCAAUUUUUAUGCAAUAACAUUAUUUCAAAAACAUUUGCUAAAGGAAAUUUACAUUAAUGUAAAUGCACCGUUUUCUGGAAGAAAAAAUAUUUUUACCACAUGAAAUUAGCACUGAAGUGAUUUUGAACACUUUUUAAAAUGGCUUUCAGGAGAUUUCUAAAAAUUCAAAAUUGUAUUUGUAUUUUUUUAACUUAGACUUUUAUAAAGUCAGACCUGUACUAUGUAGUCAAAUCUGUAUAGAUAUUAAUAUGUAUUGUAAUUAUAUUAUGUUCUGCUAUUAAAGAAAACUGGCACUAACCAUCUUUGCUACAAUGUAAUAAAAUAUGUAAACUUCUUAAUUUGUAUAACUUUGCAAAAGACAAUUUUACUAAAUUUAACAAGAAGAUAACUGCAAGCUUGUUUGUAAAUAUUUGAAUAGAAUGAAAUAUUUUGUUCUUCCCAAGUGUCAUUCUUUAUUGUGCAAUCAUACGAGUUUGGCAAAUGCAACAUCUUUGGAAUAUGUUUGGCAUCUCUGAUACCAGUAAAAUUUCAGAUGUAAUUGUUUAAUGUGCAAUGUCUGUGACAUAAGAUGUGGCAUUUGAAAGUUCAAAUUUAGAGAAGUCUUGGUCAGUUAUUUUUUUCUUGACUAGAUUGUCAA